AAUCAGACUACCUAGAAUGAAACAAAUGAAUGAGAAAGUGAGCACAAGAUAGCCAACCGCGGACCGCCUCUCGCCAUGGCCAUCCAUCCGAUGAGGACGGAAGGGACCAUCGAUCGUCCUCCAUCAGCUGAGCUGGAGUCGCCUGCCGUCACCUUGCUUUCACUUGGGCUUUUAAUUACUAUACAAAUAAACAAGCUAGACGACUUCAAGUCUUAUUUGCUCCCAGUCCCACCACUGCUCUCUGAAUUUCUGCUCCCUAGCUAGCUAGCUCUCCAGUCUCCACUGCUGAAAGGCGUCCGUCGUCGUCGAGAUGAGGCCCGCCCGCCCGCCGACGAUGGAGAUGCAACCACCACCGACGGCCAUGCAAGGCCGGAGAAGCCCGCGACCGCUGGAGGAGUCGAUCGAGAGCUGGCUUCCCAUCAGCUCCAGCAGGAACGCCAAGUGGUGGUACUCCGCUUUCCACAAUGUCACGGCCAUGGUCGGCGCCGGCGUGCUCAGCCUCCCCUACGCCAUGUCCCAGCUCGGCUGGGAGGUCGGCGUCACGGUGCUGGUUCUGUUGUGGGCCAUCACGCUCUACACGCUGUGGCAGAUGGUGGAGAUGCACGAGUGCGUCCCGGGGAAGCGGUUCGACCGGUACCACGAGCUCGGGCAGCACGCGUUCGGCGAGCGCCUGGGCCUCUGGAUCGUCGUGCCGCAGCAGCUGGUGGUGGAGGUGGGCGUCAACAUCGUCUACAUGGUCACCGGCGGCACGUCGCUGAAGAAGUUCCACGACACGGUCUGCGGCGACAGCUGCACGGACAUCAAGCUCACCUAUUUCAUCAUGAUCUUCGCCUCCUGCCACUUCGUCCUCUCCCAGCUCCCCAGCUUCCACUCCAUCUCCGGCGUCUCCCUCGCCGCCGCCGUCAUGUCGCUUUGCUACUCGACGAUCGCGUGGGUCGCCUCGGCGCACAAGGGGAGGUCGCCGGACGUGCACUACGGCCUGCGCGCGACGACGGCGCCGGGGAAGGUGUUCGGCUUCUUCGGCGCGCUGGGGGACGUGGCGUUCGCGUACGCGGGGCACAACGUGGUGCUGGAGAUCCAGGCCACCAUCCCGUCCACGCCGGAGAGGCCGUCCAAGAAGCCCAUGUGGAAGGGCGCCAUCGUCGCCUACGCCAUCGUCGCCGCGUGCUACUUCCCUGCCUCGCUCGUCGGCUACUGGGCCUUCGGCAACCAGGUCAACGACAACGUCCUCGUCAGCCUCAGCAAACCCAAGUGGCUCAUCGCCCUCGCCAACAUGAUGGUCGUUGUUCAUGUCAUUGGAAGCUACCAGAUAUUUGCGAUGCCAGUGUUUGACAUGAUAGAGGCAGUACUGGUGAUGAAGUUUCGGUUCCGUCCAAGCCUGAUGCUCCGCCUCAUUUCCCGGAGUGCAUAUGUCGGGUUUACAAUGUUCAUAGCCAUCACCUUCCCUUUCUUUGGUGCAUUGCUCAGCUUCUUUGGUGGAUUUGCCUUUGCACCAACGACAUAUUUUAUUGGACGAAAGCUUUGGUGGAAGUACCGACUCGAGAGCCUUGCACUGCUCCAGUACCAGAGAGUCAGGGAACUUCACCGUGAAAUGAAUGUAGAGCUUCCCCUUCAUGAUCGACAUCCCGUCAUCGUUUAUCGCCUUGAAUCGGCCUGCUCAGAUUUAUCAAACAAGGAUGAGCAACAGAUAUAACUGUAGAAGAAGAGUAAAAAUUUGAGAUCUAUAAGUGAAAGGGCUUACCGGGUUUAACAACUUCGCUAGGAAUUGAUUUUAUUAGAAGCUGCCAGUUGUCUAGAUGUGUAAGAACAAAUUGGAACCAACAUAGAGCUUUGGUCAGAGACAAGGUGUGUUCAUAAAAGAGAUCUUGACCCUUUCUUUUGAACUUGAGUGAUCCUUUUACUGGAGAAACAGUACAAUGUCUCCAGUGACAGUAUCAGGCUGCAAAUAACAUAUUAGAAUAAUUUUCAAGUCAUAAAAAUGCAA